UACUCCGGAUCUAAAAUUCAAUGCAAAUGUCUCAUAAUUUCCUUCUUCGUUUUUUUCUGUUUCUCGGCAACCAAACGGGCCGUUAGGAUUUCUUCCUAUCAACUGUCCAAAAGGGUUGUCUAUUGUUUCUGAAUCUGAGUAGAUAAACCCUAACAGCUGAGGUUGGAAAGGAAAAAUUAGCGAGAAUGGGUGCAAGCAGCUUAGUUGCAGAAACAGUGUGGAAAGAGAUUGAAUCAACUCAUUCAGUGACUGAUGAUCAGAUUUCAAUCUUGCAUUUCCUGUUCGGGAAGAACUUUGAGCGAGCAACUAGGAUUGUGGAUCAAAGGGGUGUCAAGAGAAUCGUUGGCGAGUCUAGUGGGCGUUGGAUCUUUCAGGUUGUGGGAGAAUCUCGGAAGAAGGAGGAAUAUUUUUGUUUCGCAGAGCAUUACUGUGCUUGUUAUUCAUUUUUCUAUGACAUUGUUAACAGAGGAGAACAGCUUUGUUGUAAGCAUCAAUUAGCCGCAAGACUGGCUGCUUCCGUAGGAGCGUGUGUUGAAGUUAAGGUCUCUGAUGAGCAGUUGGCACUAUUGCUUUCCAAACUCUGACAUCUUGGACCUAAACAUAAAUUUUGUGCUUGGAAUUGAAGAGAGGAGGUCCUACUUGCUGUCUGGCAGGACCACUUGGGGGACUUGGAAGCCAUCAUUAAGUGUUGCUGUGGCUGGGGUUGGUUCAGAUGGUCCAGAUUAUGAUACUGAUCUUCUGCCUUCAAGUUUGUUGCUUUCCUAUCUAGACAUUCAGGAGGUGUUUGUCCCAGCUGACCCCUCAUAAGGAUGCCGUUGCAUUACUACCUCCAGGAGAUGCUUAUGCCCCUGCUUUCAGUCUUGAGGAUUGCUUGGUGGAUUUCCAUCAUUUUCUACCUUGGUGGUGUGGCUGGGCGGUUGAUUAUGUUUGUUAUACUGAUUGAAUUUUUGCUGUCAUGGGUAGUUAUUCCAGGUGUCCAUAAGAAGAAGUCCCAGCUGCCCCCUCCUGAGAAUCUAGUUGUAUCACUAGCUCCAGGAGUUGCUUGUCUUGCUCUCUGUCUUGUGGGACUUCCCAGAGGAUUCUGACGCCAUUGUUGCAACUCCAGUGUCACAGCUGCUCAAUUGGACCAGAUGGUCUCUGGUCCAAUUGACUACACCAUCUAUCUCUCCAAAACUUCACUCUUUUCCCAUCCCCGUAACAAAUUUUAGAGUUGAAGAGAUCCCACUCCUAAUAAAUUUCCAUAAGCCGACCCCAAAAGGGUCUCUCACCUCACAAGACCGCCACCCGCCUUCUUCCUCCCCAUACUUCCUCUUAAUGACCUUCGUCCAAAGCAAACCCCCUUCACUCGCACAAGGCCAAAGCUUUAUUCAUCAAAGAGAGUGAACGAACACUGGCCCACUUUUCUCUUUUGCCCUACUGAUGGACAACCACUUCACUAAGUGGGGUUGUUCUCUAAGGCUCCUCCUCCCCAAAGAAAGUCCCUCUGAAUUUUCUCUAAUCUCAGUAUGGCUAGUCUUCUUUGCCCUACAGAGGGGCACCCUCUUAUUUUUGGAUGAUGAAAUACAUUGGUGUGAGAAAAUGAUGGAGAUGCUUUUGAGAUGGCUCCGGGAGAAUACCUUAUUGCUGGUUGGAGCCUCCCGAGGAUCUCUCCACCUUAGAGGUUUUUGCCUCCUAGAAGUCCUGGCAAUCUGUUAACCACAAGAGUGCAAGCCUGUAAUAGUAGUGUUGAUCUCUUCUGGUUCUUUUUUAUUUUCCUUUGUUUUAAUCAGGCUUGUAAUUGGGGAAGGAUUUAUCAUCAUUCUUAGUUUUACUCUGUUAAUGAAAAUGUUUUUGUUUCUGAUAAUAAUAAUAAAAUAAAAAGAGUGCAAGCCUGUAGUUCCAACA